UAUUUGGUAUUCGAUUGGAAUGUCUCUUGAGCAAGUAUACAGUCAUUUAGCUUGUCGAAGAGUACGAAAUUCUCGAUUGUGAGCGUUUCAGAUAUUUUUAACACUCGGAUAGUUUAUAGAAGUGUUUAACAUGAAUGGAGAUAUAGCACAUAGCGAUCCAGGACCGCCAUCUUUGCCAAGAAAGGUUACAAUUCAACGAGGAAGCGAGGGGUAUGGCUUUAACUUGCAUGGCGAGAAAGGUAUACAUGGGCAAUUUAUAAGCGCGAUUGAUGUUGGCAGUCCAGCUCAGAAGAAUGAUUUAAGAGUUGGAGACAGAGUAAUCGCUGUAAAUAAUGGUGAUGUCGAGGACAUGCCUCAUUCGAAAGUUGUGGAGCGAAUUCGAGCUGGCGGAAAUCAAGUGACACUUUUGGUUGUUGACGAACUCUGUGACCAAUACUAUAAGAACUUAGGACAAAAAAUACCACAAGAUAAAUUCGAAACAUCAGGCCAGGAAGCAGCCGUAGCUUUGCCUUCAGUUGAAGAGAAUCGUGUAGUUAAUGAGGGUGAAGCCAGUGAGAAACCAGCUGAAACGGCAGCGGUGAAUCACGAAGAAGAAAAUGUGCAAAACAUCCAAGUGGAGUCGCCUGAACCUGAAGUUGUAGAAGAGCCUGGCAAUGCUCCUGAAGAUUCAAAAGACGACGCAGACGAUGAUGGCUACGAAGAAGUUAUUCCGAAAUCGAAACCUGAGCCGCAACCUCAACAAAUCGAAACAGAGAAGCCAGCUGAAAUAUUACAAGAGACGAAGCCGGCUGAACAAGUCGUAACAACUCCACCAGCCGAUCGAAUUUCCAAUGGCUCUUCUUCGGACGCGAGCAGUCUUUCGCCAAAGCUCGAUAUGGCCGCUGCUAGACCGAAACCGAAACGACACGAUGUUAAACGAGCCACGCAGAAUUGGAAACAAAAAUACGAUGAUUUCAAUAAACUAUGAUGUGAUGAAACAAUGAAACGUUUUGUAUUGUGAGGUAUAAGAAAUGUGUACAUUGACUUUGAAAACAUACACAGGCCCAACGCACACAUUUAGGUUUUAGAGUAAGGUUCUACUUGUGAUCAAUCUAUUUUGUUGGAGUGAUGAUUCAGAAAAGCAUGAAAAUAUUGUGAAUUCGAAGAUUCGAGACGGCAAUCGAUUAUAAAAUCAGACGAAUUACAUGUAAUGCGCUUAUUUUUCCAACGUCAAUAUCAGUGCCUCACUGGUCUCAUGGUCUAGUUUAGUAUCUAAAUGUCUCGGCUCGUAUCUUUUGUAGUUGUGUUUAAAAAGAAUAAUACAAUAUAUAUAUAUAUAUA